UUUGAAAUCAGAAUAAAUUCAUACAGACUGGUGAAAAUCUUUCCAUAUAAGCCAGGGAUACAUCUAACAUAAGAUUACACCAUGGGCAAGAAAUCGGACAGCAUUUGUGAAAAAUGAAACUUGAUUUGCUCUUGCUUCCAUCCAUCCAUCUUCUACCGCUUAUCCGGGUCGCGGGGGUAGCUACCUAAGCAGAGCAGCCCAGACUUCCUUUUCCCCAGCCACCUCCACCAGCUCUUCCGGGGGAAUACCGAGGCGUUCCCAGGCCAGCCGAGAGAUGUAAUCUCUCCAGCGUGUCCUGGGUCUGCCCUGGGGUCUCCUCCCGGUGGGGUAUGCCCAGAAAACCUCCCUUGGGAGGCAUCCAGAGGACAUCCUAACAAGGGAUGCAGUGACCCAGUUUGGUUCCUGUUGUUCACCAUGAAUGUCAACAUGGGGAUGAAUAAAGCAGGCUAACAUGAAGAUUAAAACAAGUCCUGACCUCAACUCCAUCAAAAAAAAAGAAAGGAGGGCUCUUACACUGCUUCAAAGAGACCAGAACAUCAUCAUCCUUCCUGCUGACAAAGGGAGAUGCACAGUGUUGCUAAACACAGCGGACUACCACUCCAGGAUGACCAGUCUCCUCAGCGACACUACCACCGAUGGAACCUUGAGGCUGGACCUCAUAAGUUGUUACAAAAAGAAAGUUGUUAGCUGCCUGCAACAACUAGAAAAGGACCAAGCCAUCAACCGAUCUCUGUACUACAGAUUGUAUCCUGGGGAAGACGUUCCUCUCAUAUACGGACUUCCCAAGAUUCACAAGGAAGGAGCUCCACUCAGACCUAUCAUCAGCAGUAUAAACUCUGUUAUUUACAACAUGGCCAAACACCUGGCCGCCAUCCUGGCUCCUCUCAUUGGGAAUAUGCCACAUCACGUCAAAAACUCCCAAGGUUUUGCUACUAAAGUUGCAGACCUCAAACUAGACGCAGAUGAAACCAUGGUUUCCUAUGACCUCACUUCUCUGUUCACCUGCAUUCCCACCACAGAAGCAGUUGAAUCUGUUAGGAAACGACUCCUUCGAGACAGCACCUUAUUGGAUAAAACGAACCUCACCACGGACCAGGUUUGCACCCUGCUUGACCUCUGCCUGACUACCACUUAUUUCCAGUUUAAUGAAAGUUUCUACAGACAGAAGCAUGGAUGUGCCAUGGGCUCACCGGUAUCCCCUAUUGUGGCCAAUCUUUACAUGGAGGAAGUGGAACAUAAAGCUUUGACCACUUUUUCAGAAGUUGCUCCCAGCCACUGGUUCAGAUAUGUGGAUGACACCUGGGUUAAAAUCAAAACCCAUGAGGUGGAAGCCUUCUCUAAGCACAUCAAUGCAGUGGAUAUUAACAUCAACUUCACUCGGGAGGACGUCAGUGGGAAUAAUCUAGCCUUCUUGGAUUGUGAUGUACACAUUAGACAAGACAGAAGCCUGAGCAUCGAGGUCUACCGGAAACCCACCCACACAGACCAGUACCUACUCUUUGACUCUCACCACCCACUGGAACACAAAUUGGGGGUCAUUAGGACCUUGCAACACAGGGCUCAGAAUAUCCCUACAACGAUAGAGGGAAAAGAGAAGGAGCAGAAUCACAUCAAGAAAGCACUUCAGAACUGUGGGUAUCCCAACUGGUCUUUCCUCAAGAGCAGAAAAAGGAACAGAAUGGACAAGGAGGAUAACAGGAACAAAUGCAAGAACAUUGUCAUUCCCUACAUUUCUGGUCUAUCUGAGAAAUUCAGGAGGAUCUUCUACAAACACAACAUUCCAGUACAUUUCAGACCCAGUAACACUCUGAAGCAGAAACUGGUCCACCCUAAGGACAGAAUACCCAGACACAAACAGGACAACGUAGUGUAUGCCAUUCAGUGCAGUGAGGAAUGCAUGGACUCAUAUAUUGGGGAGACAAAGCAACCGCUUCACAGGCGCAUGGCUCAACACAGGAGAGCCAGUUCCUCAGGCCAGGACUCUGCUGUCUACCUUCAUCUUAACAACAAAGGACACUCAUUUCAGGAUUGCAACGUACGCAUUUUAGCCAGAGAGGAUCGUUGGUAUGAGCGAGGAGUUAAAGAAGCCAUUUUUGUCAACCUGGAACGGCCAUCACUGAACAGAGGUGGGGGUCUAAGACAUCAUUUAUCAGCCACCUACAAUGCAGUCCUUGGAACACUUCCCAGACAACUGAAUGCACACCAAAACCCAGCUGUUUUCAGUGACUCACAGGAGGACAGAGAGAAUCAGCAUUCCAUUGAUUACCAUAACGGGCAAUCCAUUGAUCACCCUAACGACUCUCGAGGCCGUUCACAUCCAGCCCCCAGUUGACCCACACCAACAGGAUGACUCAAUGACACCUUAGAUGAGCUUUUCAUCCAUGAGAGGAUAAAUACCUGAUGCUCCCUACCAGUCAAACAGAACUGAAGAAGCCUUUCAGAUGAGAGGUGAAGCGUCUUCAAGAAUCUUCAAGCAAGUCCAGUUGCUCUCUUUUACCACCCACAGUUUACCAUGACCUGGAUGAAUGAGAAUCUUCACAGACAAAUAUCCAGAAACACUGCCACGUUCUCUGGGCCCGAGCUCUCUUACAAUGGACUGAGGUGAAGUGGGAAAACUGUCCCGAGGUCUGACGAAUCAAAAGUAGAAAUUCUUUUUAGAAUUCAUGGACACCACAUCCUGCAGGCUAAAGAGGAGACGGACCAUCCGGCUUGUUAUCAGUGCACAGUUCAAAAGCCAGCAUCUGUGAUGGUAUAAGGGUGCAUUAGUCCACACGACAUGGGUAGCUUGUACAUCUGGGAAGGCGCCAUUAAUGCUGAAUGAUUUUUAUAUGUUUCAGAAACAAAAUCUUUUUCAGGGAAGGCCUUCCUUCUUUCAGCAAGACGAUGCCAAACCACUUUCUACACAUAUUCAAAUUGCAUGGCUCUGUCGUAAAAGAGUCUGGGUGCUAAAUUGGCCUGCCUGCAGUCCAGACCUGUCUCCCAUUUAAAACAUUUGGCACAUUAUGAAGCGCAAAAUACAACAAAGGAGACCCUAAACUGUUGUGCAACUGAAAUUGUAUAUCAGGCAAGAAUGGGACAACAUCCAUCCAUCCAUCAUCUGCAGCUGCUUAUCCUGUCCUACAGGGUCACAGGCAAGCUGGAGCCUAUCCCAGCUGACUAUGGACAAGAGGUGGGGUACACCCUGGACAAGUCACCAGGUCAUCGCAGGGCUGACACAUAGACAAACAACCAUUCACACCUACGGUCAAUUUAGAGCCACCAAUUAACCUAACCUGCAUGUCUUUGGACUGUGGGGGAAACCGGAGCACCCAGAGGAAACCCACGCAGACAUGGGGAGAACAUGCAAACUCCACACAGAAAGGCCCUCGUCGACCGCUGGGCUCGAACCCAGGACCUUCUUGCUGUGAGGCAACAAUGCUAACCACUACACCACCGUGAAUGGAACAACAUUUCUCUUUUAAAACUACAGCAAUUGGUCUCCCCAGUUCCUAAACAUUUACAGAGUGGUGUUCAAAGUAGAGAUGAUGCAACACAGUGGUAAA